CUACGUGGUGAUGAUGCCCAAGACGCGGCAGGCACUGGUGGAGUUUGAAGACCCGGAGAGCUCCCGCAGCUGCGUCGACUACUCGUCCACGGGCUCCGUCUACGUGUGCGGGCAGCCGGCCUAUUUUAACUUCUCUACCAGCCAGAAGCUUUGGCGCCCUGGCGUCCCGGGGGAUAACGGCAACAGCAACCACGUCCUGCUCUUCACCAUCCUCAACCCCAUCUACCCCAUCACCACGGAUGUGCUUUACAACAUUUGCAAACCAUUUGGGCCUCUGCAACGCAUUGUGAUCUUCAGGAAGAAUGGCCUGCAGGCCUUUGUGGAGUUUGUUUCGGUUGAGAGCGCCGAGAGAGCGAACUCAUCUCUGAAUGGAGCAGACAUCUAUUCGGGCUGCUGUACUCUUAUAGUGGACUAUGCGAGGGCGACGCGUCUGAAUGUGUUUAAAAAUGACUCUGAGACCUGGGACUUCACCAACCCUGGCCUCAAGCAAGGUAAGACCAAUAUUGAGCAUACCAGAGCCGCGCUCUCUCGACAGCUGGUGGUGGCACCGGGGGGACACGGCGCUGACAGACCGGCAAAGUACCGGCAUCGCCGCGAAGAAGCCGACAGCGAGAAGGCGGCGAAGAACCGCAACCAGCGUCCCACCGCGGUGCUGCACUUCUUCAACGCGCCCACGGACAUCACGGUCGAGAUGUUCGCGCAGCUGUGCGACGAAAUGUCGAUUGCGAGGCCCCGCUCUUUCAAAGUGUUUUCUGGAAAAACCGAUAGGAGCGUGUCCGGCCUGAUGGAGUGGGAGACCAAGAACGAUGCCAUGGAGGCUCUGGCGUGCAUUAACCAUCACCCCCUGAAGAACGCAAAUGUUCCAUACCUCUACACCCUCAAACUGUGCUUCUCCACUGCCCAGCCUUCAUAGAAGACAACUCAACAUGUUUCAUGCCGUAUUGAACGUCGGUGUCAACAUCAUUGUCACUUUGUGUAUUAUUUGUGAAUGUCCCAUCACUCUUGUUGAAAGUUAACCGUGGGUAUAGGUCGAAAGUGCAAUUUGACGCGUUUACAUUUUAGUUGUCAUUUUUUGGAGGAUUAAUUUAGAUUUCUAUAUUGACUGCACCGAAAGAUUUUAAAGGUCGCAGUGGAAAUGAAGAAUGUUGAAAUUAAAAUAAUUAUGAUUAGUCUCCUUAACCUGCCGAGUUUGUCUGCCGUGUGCAUUGCUAUUUUGUCCAUGAGCCCCAAACCAGAUUUCACUUGGCAGUCCUCGGGUGCCGUAACUUUAGCGGCUCCAAUUAAUUUACAAUUUGGGGGGGUUCUCAACUUGCUCAUAGCCAAAGUUUUUGCUCCCACCACGAGUGAUGCUCCUUUCUUGCUGUAGCCCAUGGCACUAAUAUUGCCCAUUUAAUUUCAUAACGGAGAGCUCUGAAAUAAAUGCCAAAGAGACCCUUUUGGGGGGGGGGGGCUGGUAAAAAUAUACCCCGACUCAUUGAAAAUCCCAUUGAAAAACAUGGGUUGGCAUUCUGUACAGUGCGUGUAUUUAGCAGGUUAAUACGCUUGCAAAUAUAAACCCCAAGAGAAAAUAGAACAGUGUUUGAAAAUAAAA